AUGGCUUUGGUAGGUUUAGGAGAGUCUUUAAACGCUAGGAAACGUCCACGAACGUCAAGUUCUUUCGAUGGCGACUCGUUUCCCACGCAAUUAGUAACUCCUACCGGAACCGGCGGAACAAAAAAGCGAGCUCGAAACUAUGCACCUAUGACCCAAACCCAGCGGUCACAGCAAGUGGAUGGUACUGAUGGCUCAUCAAUGUCCAGCUGGCAUUUCCCAGGGUAUAUCAAACGCGUCAAGCUCCGCAAUUUCAUGUGUCACGAAAACUUCCAUCUUGAGCUUGGCAGUAAACUCAAUUUCAUUGUUGGGAGCAAUGGGAGUGGUAAAAGCGCCAUUUUAACUGCCAUAACUAUAGGGCUCGGAGCCAAGGCCACAGAUACUAAUCGUGGUACAAAUUUGAAAGAGUUUAUUAGGGAAGGAUGUUCCACGGCAAGAGUUGAAAUUGUAUUGAAUAAUGAAGGUUUUGGUGUCUACGAUCCGGAAACAUAUGGUACGGAAAUAACAAUUAUCAGGACCAUCAAAAAAGAUGGGGCGGCAACUUUUGCCAUUAGGGGUGACCAUGGCGUCGUGUCCACCAAGAGACGUGAUCUGCAAACCAUCGCAGAUUACUUUGCCAUUCCAGUUAUGAAUCCAAUGUGUUUCUUAUCACAAGACGCUGCAAGGUCCUUCCUAACGGCCAGCACACCGGCAGAUAAGUACAAACAUUUUAUGCGAGGAACCCUAAUUGAAGAUAUUGAAGCCAACUUGCAUCAGGCUGUGGAAACCGCUACAAAGGCUCAAGACCAUUUAUUAUUCCACGCCAAGAACGUAAAGCUACUGCGACAAGAAUAUCAAGACUCGAGACGUUUAAUGAAGGAGCUACACGCAAGCCGCGAUUUGGGCAGGCGGAAGAAAGUCUUGCAGGGAAAAUUGCUUUGGCUUAGCGUUGUAGAGAAUGAGGAUUCGCUUCAAAAGCUAGGUCAAAAUUACAACGAAUUUCAAGACAAGAUCAUUGAGUUGCAAAUGAAGAAAACACAAACGGAAAACAAAAUUGAGCGCUACACUUCUGACCAGUCUGCUUCAGAAGAAGCCCUUCUCAAGGCGCAGACUAAGCUACAGGAUGACAAACAACUAUUCGAAGAUGUGAGGUCAAAAAUGAAUCAGAUGAAGCUAGAAUAUGAAGUUCACAAACGCAACCGUUCGGAAACAAAUGCUAUGGUGGACGAAGCUCGAACCAAGAUCGAUCAUUGUGCUGCCAGCAUAGCUAAUCUUGAGGAGCAAUUGAGGAGGCAGACGGGUGGCGACAAAGAGGGGAUAAAACAAGAGAUGAAUAGUUUGACGGUUGAAAUAUCAGUAGCAAACGAAAAGCUCGCCCACUACAACAAAUCACUGCGAGUCAUGAAUGAAGAAGAAGAAGACUUAAAAUCAGCCCAAGAAAAAGAUCUGCUUGACAGGAAGAAAAGCAUAUAUUCCAAAAAGAAAGAAUUAAACGGUUACGUAGCGGGCAAACAGAACUUUUUAUCCAAUUUUGACCCCAAGAUGGAUCAAGUUGUUAGAGAAAUGAAGCGCCGGGAGCAUCACUUCUCCACUCCUCCGAUCGGACCACUAGGUGCCUACUUAACAGUCAAGGCAGAGUUUCGAGAAUGGGCAAAAUGCAUUCAGGCAUAUCUUGGUAAUAGCCUCGGAGCUUUCAUAGUCUCUAAUGCCAAGGACAAUCAAAUCUUGAGGGAGAUUUUCAGAGCACACUUGCCCCAAAGAAAACACCCAAGCAUCAUAACACGGCGGCCCACAACAUUUGACUACAGUGGAGGAAGACCUAAGGUCAACCAUCCGACCAUAAUAGAUGCUUUAGAGUUUUCUGAGGGUACUCAGUUUGUGUUGGUGGAUUUUAACAACAUAGAAAAAGUACUCCUGAUCAAGGACAAGACAGAGGCUCGAAAUCUUCUUUAUUCGCCGAGAAAUACCAACGCGAAACGUGCCUUGUCAUGGGUGAAAGCUGACAGAUUUGUGAACUUUCUCUCAGCAACUAGCGUAAACUCCUUACAAUAUGAGGGUCCGCUGAAGAUGAUGACUCAAAGUUCGUCAGAAGACGAUAUAGCGCUUCUAAAAAGCUUGAUAAUUGAGGAAGAGAGGCAGCUGAAUGAAGUAGUUCAACAGAAUGAUUGCGUGCUCAGAGAAAGACGAAAACAAAAAAGCGAAAUAGAGGCCAAAAUAUCAUCUUUGAGGUCCUUGACUUCAGAGCUGAGUAGACGGGAGGGAGCGUUGCGGAUCGAAUUAGAAAGAGAAAUUGACAUGGGAGCCAUUGAACAAAUUCAAGUCGAAAAGCGAACCUACGAAGACGCUAUAUCUAGUUAUUUGUUGACUGUUACUGAUAUCAACGCCAAACUAGAAGCUAUAAGCGAGAGAGCACAAAACCUGAGGAGAGACUUGAGCGAAUCCAAGGCCCAGGUAGAGACUUCCGAAAAUUCCCUGAAAGAUUUGAAAAGUUUCUGCGCUCAGAGAAAUUCAAAACUCUCGAAACUGCGCGAGGAUGUUCCAUCUUACACUCAGCAGAUUCAUGAAUACGUACAAAAAUCGAAAGAAACUGAAAAAGCGCAAGAGGAAUUCCGGGUUGGAAUUGAGCGGCAAAUAUCAAACGCAACCCUCUUUUGUCCUAGAGAAACCGCUUUCGGGUCAGGAAUGCCUUCAACAAAAGAUGAGACGAAUACAGAAAUUGAAAGAAUUUCUCGCCAGAUUCAAAAUGCCGAGCAUCGCGUUGGGCUGGCGCAAGACCAAGUGCUAGAACUGUUUGAAAAAGCCAAAUUGAAAUACGAGGACGCGGAAAAAAAAUAUGUGGAAGUCGAUAGAGUUAUUAUAUGCCUCAACGAAUCUUUGAGAAAGCGGUUGCAGUCAUUCGAUCUUGCAAGAUCUGAUACAUGCUUCACCGCAGAUGUUGAUUUUAAAGAGUCGUUACAAAGGAGAAAUUUCUCUGGCGGUCUCAGCUAUGAUUUUGAUAAAAAAGUUCUGAACAUGUUCAUGAAAACGCCAAACGAUAAUAGUCCACGUAACGUAGACACGUUCUCCGGCGGGGAAAAAUCUUUUGCUCAGACUUCAUUAUUACUUGCUACUUGGAGACCAAUGCGGUCAAGAGUGAUUGCGUUAGACGAGUUUGACGUUUUCAUGGACCAAGUCAAUCGCCAGAUAGGUACGAAGCUGAUUAUAUCAAAAUACUCUAGUGAUGAGAGGACCCAAACUAUUAUAAUUACACCACAGGAUAUCGGCAAAAUUGCUGAUCUUGAUGACCCCGGGAUCUGCAUUCAUAAAAUGAAUGAUCCUGAGAGACGCAGAGGUUGA